AUCAGAACCAAAACAAUAUAUCCCCCGAGUACGUUCCUCACUAGCCUCCACCAUGCCGACACCUGAACCAACCACGCUUCUCCCUCAUUCUCCAGCCCUUCAAUCCCCUACGGAUCUCCCUGGAUACUUGCAAGAAAAGGAGCUUUCCCAAGAUUUGAGGGACUUGAUAUUGUCAUUACCCGCUGAAAAAGGCUGGGUUGCAAGUUAUCUCCAUCAAUAUCAAGGUUUCUGGCACACAACUCGGCAGCUUCUUGGAGUACUAGCUUGCCAGAAACAUUUCCAAGCUCAUGAUACCGAUAUCGUCCUCGUCACGACUCCUAAAUCAGGCACCACUUGGUUGAAGGCAAUAAUGUUUGCCUUGUUGAAUCGGUCUCGCUUUCCCGAUUCUAAACAACACCCUUUGCUCACCACCAAUCCUCAUGUGCUUGUGCCUUUCAUGGAGCACGAAUACAUUGAUACACAGUUCCCUGACUUCUCCAGGUUCAUGUCUCCAAGUCUGUUUUCAACGCAUUUGCCAUUUGUGUCGCUUCCAAAAUCUGUGCUGGAUUCAGGUUGCAAGUUCGUUUACUUGUGUAGGAACCCCAAGGAUAGUUUUGUGUCACUUUGGCACUUCACUAACAGGUUGAAGGAACCUAAAGAAACGGGUGAAAAUUCACUUGACGAGACAUUUGACAAGUUCUGCAGAGGUGUGAGCUUGUACGGGCCAUUUUGGGAUCAUGUGUUGGGAUACUGGAAGGUGAGCUUGGAAAACCCAGAAAAAGUUCUGUUUUUGAAGUAUGAGGACUGCAAGAAAGAGCCCAAAGUGCUGCUGAGGAGACUCUCUGAGUUUCUGGGAUGUCCAUUUUCUCAAGAAGAAGAAACCUGUGGUGUGAUUGGUGAAAUCUUGAAGUUGUGUAGUUUUGAAAACUUGAGCAAUCUGGAGGUGAAUAGGACCGGAAAAUUGCCCUCCGGAGAGGAGAACUGCACCUUCUUCCGACGAGGUGAGGUGGGAGAUUCCGUGAAUCAUCUGACAGCUGAGAUGUUAGAAAAAAUGGACCAAAUCACUGAACAAAAGUUUAAGAGGUGGGGGUUAAAUCUGUCAUAGAUGUCUUUGAUCUGAAAGCUUUACUGUCUUGUUCUUGAAUUUUUUUAAUUGAGCAUGGGAUCUCUAUGUGGCUUUUCUUCUGGUUUAUCAUCAAUGAUUAUUCCCGUAAGGUACGAUCUUUGUAAUUUAUAAUGAUGUCUCAUUGGGAGACACAUAUAAUAUUAUAGUAUUGUAAUGUAAUGAGAUUCUGAUAUGUACUAUUAAUAACAUAAAUAAAAAUAUGUGUGAGGAUUUUUAUAA